GAAUCCAUAGUUUCUAAUAUAAUUGACUUAGAGAAGGUUUCACACCUGUUAGCAACGAGACCUUCGUCGCCUCCCGAGAUCCAACAUCGCUCCGCUCGGCUAAUAGCAGACAACACUAUCCCGAACACCAUUCGACAAGCCAGCUGGAAGACCAUGACAGCUACCUCUACGUCUACAGAAGAAACCCUCUCCUUCUUCAACACCAUCCCCAAAUGCGCCGAGAUCCUCUCUCAGCCAGACCUAAGGGUCAUGCACCCGCGCAACCCAGACACUUUCUUCCACUCGACCCUCCGGUCCAACAACGGGAUUCUCAAGUCCGUCUUCAUUCACCAGCCGGCUCAUUCUCAUACCAGAACAUCAGAUGUUAGUUCAAGCGAGACCACCACCGUCCAAGCAAACACAAGCCCGCAGGAGCGACAGCAAGAAAAAGAACAAGGCUACAUCCUCCUCCACCUCGGCGCCGGCGUAUCAGGGCAGCCAGAUAUCGCGCACGGCGGGUUCCUGGCUACAGUCCUGGACCAGGUUACUGGGACUUUGAUCCGGGCGAGUGGGUUAGACCGUGGGCGGGGGGCGGUUACGGUUUAUUUGAAUGUAAAUUAUAAAAAGCCGGUUGGGAGGGUGGCGGGGAGGAAGAUUUAUGUGGUGGGGGAGAUUUUUGUUGCUGAGGCAGAUGGGGAGAGAGAUGGGGAGGGGGUUUGCGUAGCUUGUGAGGGGAUGUUUUUGGUUAAGAGGGAUGGUACUGGUAGGAUUUGA